AUGCUGCAUGCUCAACAGUUAUUGGCGGAGAAAUGCGGGGAUGCAGGUGAAAGAGCGCUGGAGAAGUUCCGCCUCAACCUGGAGAGGAAGGACUGGAACCUGGAAAAGGAUUACGGCGAGGAGGAAAUCACCAUCAAAUCUUUGUUCGAUCAAGAGACGAAGACGCAUUUCCUCUUGACUGAGGCCCUGCUGGAUUUCGACUGCGACUGGGCAUUUCGAGACCUUAAGGACCACACGCUGGCAGCCACUGCCGAUUGGUACGCCGACAUCAAGGAAUGGAAAAUGAUUCAGCGACUGAAUGACGACUGCUGGGUGGUGUACCAGCUGACGGAGCCGAGGCUUGGGGGACUCUUCUCCAGUAGGGAUGUUGUCCUUCUCUUCCGAUUCGGAAAGGCGCAGGAUUCCUACUUGACUUCUUUCGUCAGCACUAUUUGGCCUGGGAUGGAACCGAAAAAGAACCUGGUC